CAUGGGAAUUGAUAUGCAUACAUUUUGUUAUAUUAAGCACACAUGUGUUGAAAUUUUUGUACAAAGUAUAUUAUAUAUUUUUUUAUGGUGAAUAAUGGCCUCAGCAACAAGAUUAUUUGUGAGCAAUUUACCGGAAAACAUUGAUAACAAUUCCCUAAAAGACAUAUUUUCUUCCUACGGAGAAGUAACCAACUUUGACUUGAAAUCCAAACCUGGUGUGGAAAAUGAUAAAAAAACAUUUGCAUUUGUAACAAUUUCUGCUUCCAACUAUAACGUGGAAUCGUGUAUAAAAUUCUUCUCUGAUAAUGAUUUUCAAGGACACAAAUUGUAUGUGACGAGAGCCCGUGAAAGCUUUUUAGAAAGACUUCAGAGGGAAAGAGAACAAGCUCAAAACAAGACAUCGGGGAAUGAACCAAUAAAAGAAAAUAAUGCCAAAGUAUUCAUUAACAGCAACCAGAACACACAUAAAAGAAAAUUUAAUGACCUGAAUGAAACCCCAGUAAAUAUAAAAACAAAAUCUAAGAAAGCAGAAAACAAUUUUGACUUUAAAAACAAAAAUUUUAAUAAACACCAAAACUUCAAUGGCGAUGUAGAUCAUUCAAACAGUUUUAAUUCUAUGAAGAAUAAAUCAUUCGAAAAUGAUGAGAAGAAAAUGAGUUCGGAUAAAAAGAGACUAGAGUCAAUCAAGAAGAAGCGCCAAGAGUUUAAUGCAAAGAAAAACAUAAUUAAAACUGGCCUGAUAAGUAUUGACAAGCAACAAAAUAAGAAAGUUAUAUUUUCCGAUAAUGAAGACGAAUGUUCAACUAAAUAUGAUGCAGGUGUUGAUGAUAUUAAAACUUCGAAAGAGAAACCGAGUUUGUUUGAUGAUGCUGCCAGUGAUGAUGAAAUAAACUUUGAUAUAAAGGAACAAUUUGAAGGGAAAAAGGGUAAAAAGGUUUUAGACUUACAGUCCACAUACAAAGCUGACAAACGUUUCGUCUUGGAUGAAAGAUUUGUUGAGGAUGAAUCAGCGAGCGAUACUGAAGCCGGUCAUGCCGAAGAAAAUGUUGAAAUAGGCCAAGCCGACGAAAAAUCAAAACAGCUUGAUAUAUUGCAAAAUUUGUUAGGCGUGACCAUUAAAACAAAACAACCAGAACUAGCGAACAGAACAAAGCAAAAACUUGGUAUGCUGAGAUUUGAUCCAUCACAGCCGGAACAUGCAAAAUAUUUAGCGCCGGUCGGGGAAAGACCCGAACAGACAAAAAAAAGUAAAAAAAAGAAAAAAGAUGCGGAGGUUGCGGAAGAGGAACCACAAGAAACACAAAGUGUUGUUGAAAAAGUGGAAGUUUCCAAGGAACAGUUCUAUAAGAUUACUGAUGAUUUGAAGGAAGCAAUAACACAACCACAAGAGUUCAGCCUGAGGAGUCUCUUUGCUAAAGACGAUGUUCAGGAUGAGGGAGAUGAAGAUGAAGGCAAGUUUAUUCCAAUUCAAACUAAAAAGAAAGACAAAGUCAAAAAUCCGUUAGAACCUGAUGAAAAAAACCCGUUUGUGUACGAUUCAUCUGAUUCCGAAAACGAGGAAGAAGCCUUGAAAACUACUGAAGUAAAUGAUACAACCGAAAAACAGGAAACAAAAACUGUUUGGAGGGAAAAUUUAUUCUUCACAAACUCUGAUUAUAGAUUAAAAGAUGGACUCCUGUUCUUUACUAAGCCACAAGAAACGGAGGUACAAAAAGACAGAAGAGAGUUGAAAUCUUUAAUGAAGAAGAGAAUUUACAAUAAAGACCGCAAAAAUACUAUGUUCCAAAAGAAAAUUGGUGGACGCAAGAAGACCAUGAAAAAAAAAUUCAGAAAAUAAUAAAUAAACAAUGGAAGUAAUAAAAAACAAUUUCGCAUAA